UGGGUGUUUUAACAAACCUCUUCUUCUUCUACUUAUCUUCUUGACCCUAGCCUUACUCCAACCAAGCAAUCCUACGGCUGAGUAAAUCUUCCACAUUGAAUCUCGCAUAGCCAAAUACCCUAGACACUCGUAACCAUGGCAGAGAAACAGAAGUAUCUGCUCCCGGAGCCGGAGAAGGAGAUCGGGCGUCUAACGGAGCAAGACUCCGUCAUCACGCACAUGAUGAAAGGCGUGCGCAUCCUAGCACCCAUCGACUUCAAGCAGCCGGGGUUCCAGAUCCUCGACUCGGGGACAGCAGACGGGCUGUUCCUGCGGAGCAUCCAACCGCAGCUGACAGAGCCGUACAAGCUUCUCGGCUUCGACGUCAUGGAGAGCUUCUUCCCGCCCGUCGCCCCGCCACACACCACCUUCGGCAUCCACGAUAUCUCGGAGCCGUGGCCGGCCGAGCUGCACAACGCGAAUGACUUAGUGCAUCAGCGCUUCACGAUCCCCGGCGGCGCGAAGAAGGCGACACCGCGCGAAAUCGUCCAUUACCUGUGCCAGCUCGUUAAGCCCGGCGGCUAUAUCCAGCUCGUUGAGAUGGACAUCACUGGCACUGCUCUCGGCCCCGCCAUGCGCGAUGCGUGGACCGUUACUGGUGCUUUCCUCACUGCUGCGGGUGCCGGCAGCGACUAUGCGAAGAGUAUGCCUGGUUGGCUCGUGGAGGAGGGCUUUGAAAAUGUCGUGGAUCGCCGCGUGGAUCUGGAUUACGGCGUUCGGUACAAGGAGGGUGAUUGGGGUGUUCGUGGCGCUAAGGUGAUUGUUGAGUCUUUUAGAGGCGUUGUUGGCGCGUGUAAGAUGAUGAAUAUCGAGGUUCCGGGGAUAGACCUGGACACGGUGCCGGAGCGGGCGGAGAAGGAGCUGAUGACGGAAGGCGGAGUUUACCCCCUUGUGUUCGCGUAUGGUCAGAAGCCGCUUGCUUGAAUUAGUGCACUUGAUGCUCCGGGGGUAGAGUAAAAGUUUUGGGAAUGCAAUAUCGGUAUUUGGGGGAAUGGGUAGUGGUCACCAUUCCUUUAUGACCCAUAGUCUAGGUAAACUACAGGACCAGCUU